AAAUCUGGGUAACGAAUGAAAUUGUAAACGAAGAAUUCCAGCCGGCGACUUGUUUAGCAUUCCCUAUCCUCACCCCCAAAGCAACAAUGGAAGCCUCAGUCCGGAUACUAUUCAAUUCCUCCGCUCGCCAUCUUCCCAACUCCCUUUUCCAUCUCCAAAAGCCGCUCCCUCUAAAGCCCUUUUCCACGCUGUUUCCUUCUCCUCCUCCUUACUAUCGUCAUCAUCAUCAUCGCCCAAUUCCAAGUCCUGCAGUUUCAUUUAUUAACCCCGAAAAUCGCCACUCCAUUAUUUUCUCAAACGCCCACAUUCCCCACCACCCCUCAACAACCCCAUUUGGCUUUUCCCUUUCCCUCAAUUCUCCACAGUUUCUCCUCAACUCAUUCUUCUCCACCUCAGCCUUCUUCCGCAUUUUCUCUGACCAAAAAGCUAAAUCUUUCCACUGGAAUUACGCUCCUGAUGGAAUCCACCCAAGAGAAAAUGGGGUCGUCGGGGAUAAAGGGCCAAUCUUUGCUGCAGUGUUGUUGGGAUGGCUUGGGUCGAAGCCGAAGCAUCUGAGGAGGUACGUGGAGUUGUAUAAUUCGAGGGGUAUUCAUGCUGUUACCUUUGUUGCUUCUGUAAAAGAUGUGCUUUCGUUUGAUUUGGGGAAGAAUUUAGAAGAACGGAUUUCUGGGUUGGCAGUUGAGCUGGCUUCUUGGCUGGCUCAAUCAGAAAAAGAUGGUCGUGAAAGAUUCUUGAUUUUUCAUACCUUCAGCAACACUGGUUGGCUUGCGUAUGGUGCCAUUCUUGACAAUUUGCAAAGUAGGCCAGAUUUAAUGGAAAAAAUCAAGGGAAUUAUUGUUGAUUCAGGAGGUGACGCUAAUAUAGAUCCCAAGGUCUGGGCUGCUGGAUUUACUGCAGCCCUGCUAAAGAAAUACAGUUCAUCAUCUUAUCCAUCAGUUGAAGGUGUAGGAAGAAAUCAAUUGGAAAGUGGAGUUGAUACCUCAAAGUUGCGAGAAAAGGAGCCCCUGUUCGUUGAAACCUUACUUUUGUCAGCAUUUGAGAAGCUCUUCUCUUAUCUCCUAAACUUGAACGAUGUCAAACAGCGGUUGACAAAGAUAAUCUCUGUCCUUUCAAAAAACCAGCCUUGUUGCCCACAGCUUUAUCUGUAUAGUACAGCUGAUAAGGUCAUUCCAUUCACAUCAGUUGAGACAUUUGUUGAUGAACAGAAGAGAAGUGGGAAAAAUGUGUGGGCAUUCAACUUUGGUGCAUCACCUCAUGUUGACCAUUAUCGGACCUUUCCCAGUGUAUAUACAUCAGAGCUUGAGAGGUUUUUGAACGAGUGUCUGGUCACAGUGAAGAAGUUAUAAAAGUUUUGCAAUUUUAGAUGAUUUGGGUUGAAAUGCUGCACGAGUUAUUGUUUGCCCUGUGCAGCUGAAUUCAGCUUCAAGCAGUGGAGAUUCCUAACAAGAGGUAAUUUUGGCCUAAUGUUACUCGAAAACUGCAAACUCUUGUUUCUGAUUAUUUCCAUUGAGGUAUGGUAUUCCAUUUUUGUCCAA